GUAAUUCCGAUUCCGGUAGAUUGCAGUUCCGCCAUGGCCUCCCACAGCGAUAUCUCUGGUAGUGCAGGGUCUCAGCGAAGAGGAGUGAAGAAUCCUGCAGCACAGGCUACUGGAACGGAUAAGUACUCGGUGCUUCUCCCCACCUACAAUGAACGAGAGAACUUGCCUCUCAUCGUGUGGUUGUUGGUGAAGAGCUUCGAAGAAAGUGGAAACAACUAUGAAAUUAUAGUCAUAGAUGAUGGCAGUCCAGAUGGGACGCAGGAAGUUGCUCAACAGUUGGAAAAGAUCUAUGGACCAGAUAAAAUUCUUCUAAGGCCUAGAGCUAAAAAGCUAGGACUGGGAACAGCUUAUAUUCAUGGAAUGCAGCAUGCAACAGGAAACUUCAUUAUUAUUAUGGAUGCUGAUCUCUCACAUCAUCCAAAAUUCAUUCCAGAGUUCAUUAGGAAGCAAAAAGAAGGUAAUUUUGACAUUGUUUCUGGAACUCGCUACAAAGGAAAUGGAGGUGUCUAUGGCUGGGAUUUGAAGAGAAAAAUUAUCAGCAGAGCAGCCAACUUCUUAACUCAAAUUUUGCUGAGGCCAGGAGUUUCAGACUUAACUGGAAGUUUCAGAUUAUACCGAAAGGAAGUUCUACAAAAAUUAAUGGAAAAGUGUGUUUCUAAAGGAUAUGUCUUCCAGAUGGAAAUGAUUGUUCGAGCAAGGCAACUGAAUUUUACCAUUGGAGAGGUUCCAAUCUCUUUUGUGGAUCGAGUUUAUGGUGAAUCCAAGUUGGGAGGAAAUGAAAUAGUCUCCUUUUUGAAAGGACUGUUGACUCUGUUCGCCACUACAUAAGAUGACACUAUUCAUUUUACAUUUAAAUUAUCUUGUUCAUUUCAUUUUAAACAUAAGACAAAAGACCUGGUUGCUGAUUUUUAAAAUGUACUCUUAAACCAUAAACAUUAAGGUAAGGUAAAUUUCAUAUAUACCUUAAUUUUUAUUUCUGGAGGUCUGUGUAUUCCAAAGUAAAUUCACCAUGUAAAGAAAGAAGGAAGUAACCUUUAUGUCUGUUUCCAGUUGUAAUAAUAUUUAUAAAUAAAUUUUAUAAGACUUUGGUUUGGAUAAA